AUGUCGUCAUCAGCGGAGUUGUUCACAAUAGGCCUCGCCAUCUCCGCCGUCAUCAUUUUCUGGGGUCUCUCAUCGACCUCUUCCUCGCCGUUCGCCCGCUCUUUUCCGCGGUUAUACAAUAAGCGGAUAUGUCUCUUGAUUGCGCAUCCUGAUGAUGAGGCUAUGUUUUUCUCGCCGACGGUGUUGUCUUUGACAAGGCCGGAGUUGGGGAAUCAUCUUAAGAUUUUGUGUUUGAGUAAUGGAGACGCCGAUGGCCUUGGCUCCGUCCGCGCAAAAGAGCUCCAAAAAAGCGCCAAAAAACUCGGUCUCCGUAGCGAAUCCGACGUCUUUGUCGUCGACGACCCCUCCCGCUUCCCCGAUAGCAUGACAGCAAACUGGACCGAGAGCGAUGUAUCCAACAUGCUUGCAUAUGCAUUUGCUCCCGAGUUGGCCUCUGCCACUUUGAAAAAGAAGAGCACAAAAGAUGGGCCUCCGGUCUCGACUAUCGAUGUGCUGUUGACGUUCGACAAACACGGUAUCAGCAACCAUCCCAACCACCGCUCACUGUAUCACGGAGCCGUACACUUCCUGCGUUCGUUGAUGAGGGAUAAAGCUGGUUAUACGUGUCCGGUCUCGCUGUACACAUUGUCUACAACAACAAUCUUCCGGAAGUACAUUGGUAUCUUCGACGCGCCGUUAACUAUGCUCCGCGGCGCAUUGCACACCCUUUUCUCGGGUAGUGGUAAAGGGAAGGGCAAGAAGGCUGAAUUGCCUGGUCAGCUUCUGUUCAUUAACUCUGUUAGUGAGUAUCUCACUGCGCAGUCUGCGAUGGUUAAUGCGCAUAAGAGUCAGAUGGUAUGGUUUCGGUAUGGGUGGAUUACUAUUGGGAGAUACAUGGUUGUGAAUGAUUUGAGGAGGCAGUGGGUUUAA